UUUUUCCUUCCUUUCUUCCUUCCUGGAGCAUAUCGCUGAAUUUUUGAAGCACUAUUAAGUAAUAAUAUCAGAGUGAGAAUGCAGUCGAUGAAGGAGACGCCGUCCAACAUGGCGGCGUCGGUCAAGUCCGGCAUGGGGAAAACCAAAGCCACCGUCCAACUACAGGUGGAGAAUAUGACAGACCACGACCCAGCGGAGAAGGAAAUGGGGAGAGAGAGCGAGAGAGAGAGAAGGUGGUGGCGGAAGAGGAGGCUCAGAUCACUCGGCGGCGGUGUAUCGGACUGGACAGCCUGCCGGACGUGUGACUGAGAGCGUGGUUGGGUCGCAGCAACCAGUUGGGGAGUACACCAGCAGUGGUAGGACCCCAAUCCACAACACCAGUGAUGGCGUGGCUCGAGGACGAGGGGGGCCUGGUCAAGGCCCCGGCAACGCUGAUAAUCAAAGUUGAGAAUGAACUGGGGUUUGAGUUUGGUGUAUCAGUUUAUGUAAUUCCAGAUAAUCUGUUAGAAUUUGAAUGAGAGUAGAUGUUGGAUAUAACAGUAUUUUUAUUAAUAAUGGGAAGGUUGAGAAGAGGUUUACAAAUGGAGGUUCCACAGUGGAGGAGAGAAUCAGUGGUUAGAUAUGGCGGAUGACUCUAUUUUUAGUUUCUUCUUGACAAGUGAGGCCGUCCUCUAUUUAUAUAUUUUUUUCCCCACCGCCAUAGACCUGUCAUAGACCUCAAUGGAAUUUAUUUUCCAGAACUCUCUGGCUAGUUAUGUUCAGGUUGUCAUUUUUUUAUUUUUACAACUAUUUAGGAGUUCCAUUAUUUUCUCAAAAAGUACGGAAUUUUCUAGAA